AAAAGAAAUUGAUACAUUUGAAUGUCACACGAACUCUCAAGUGAACAUAUCCCCUCAUUGCGAAAUCCGCCGUUAAAAUUGCACGCGCAUUUCGCGAUAAACCGCGCGCUUUUUUCAUCGUGCGAUAGUUUGUUCUUCUCGUUUUACUUAAAUUUUUUGGUAAGAACCGAGCCUGAAAUUAACUAAGAAAAUUUGAACAAUUUAGAUUAAUUUACUAGUUUUUUUUUUCUUAUAUUAAAUACCUAAAAAAUGUGCGUUUAUUUACUAGUACCGAAGCUAAUUUAAACGCCGUUAUUAUUUCAAAAUCGUUUUGUUCUAUUUAUAAAUUAAAUGCAAAUACUAAACGGCGCCCUAAUAUAGACAUUCGAUUGUAACCCCAAACAGUACCUCAAAUUUUAAUGAUAGCUGUGUUAAAAAAAUGGUCGCGCGAAAUUUUCCGGUUCAGGACAUAUCGAACCCGCAAUUGUUGCACGAACCCAAUGAUGAAAACGGGUUCAUCACGUUGCACGAGUUGAAGCCCGUGAGAGUUCAACAGGGCUUGCAGUCCUACCAGCGCUCCUAUUAUGAGUUACCGAAUGUUGUCAACGCCACUUGUUCUUCGAACCUCUCCUAUCAAUCGAGUCAAAAUUUAGGCUCAUCUUUGGACGACAGCAGUUCUUUAUCCAAUUCCAGCAGAAAAAGAAAACCCUACGGGGGCGAAAGUGAUACCAAAGAUGAAGGAACCGAAGAUGGAAAAUCCAUUAAAUCAAACGAUGAUAACAAAAAACAGAACCACAGCGAGGUGGAGAAGAGGAGAAGAGACAAAAUGAACACCUACAUCACGGAGCUCUCUUCAAUGGUGCCCAUGUGUCAUGCAAUGUCUCGAAAAUUGGAUAAAUUAACGGUGCUCAGAUUGGCCGUGCAACACAUGAAAUCCAUUCGGGGCGCUUUGCCCUCCUACACAGAGGGCAAUUACAAACCUUCCCUGUUGUCCGAUCAGGAAUUGAAACACGUUAUAUUACAGGUAGCAGAUGGUUUUCUAUUUGUGGUCGGUUGCGACAGAGGAAGAAUCUUAUACGUAUCAGAAUCGGUAUCGAAGGUACUGAAUUAUUCGCAAGGCGAUUUGCUGGGCCAGAGUUUAUUCGACAUUGUCCAUCCCAAAGACGUAGCCAAAGUAAAAGAACAACUAUCUUCCUCGGAUAUUAAUCCUAGAGAAAGGCUGAUCGACGCGAAAACGAUGUUGCCGGUCAAAACGGACGUUCCUCAAGGAGCCUCGCGACUUUGCCCAGGCGCUCGAAGAUCAUUCUUUUGCAGAAUGAAGUGUAAUCUAUCGUCCCAAGUCAAGGAGGAAGCCGAUACUACUACAGGAUAUCACCGAAGAAAAAAGUACAAUUCAGAUAAAAAAUACAACGUGAUCCAAUGCACCGGCUACCUGAAAUCCUGGGCGCCGGCCAAAAUAGGCCUCGAAGAGCACGAAGAAACCGACGGGGACACCUGCAACCUGUCCUGCUUGGUGGCCAUCGGCAGGAUCCUCCCCCACAUAUCCACAGUGGCGGCGAAUUGCCAAGGGAUGCCCAACAUCCGGCAGAUCCAGUUCACGUCGCGGCACGCUCUGGACGGGAAAUUCCUGUUCGUCGACCAGAAAUCCACGCUGGUGCUGGGCUACCUGCCGCAGGAGUUGCUGGGCACCAGCAUGUACGAGUACUUCCACCACGAGGACAUCCGAUCGCUGGCCGAGCACCACAAGGUGGCCCUGCAAACCGCCGAGUCCGUCACCACCGGCGUCUACAGGUUCCGAACGAAGAGCGGCGGUUUCAUCAAGAUCCGCAGCGAGUGGAAGUCGUUUAAGAAUCCUUGGACCAAGGAAAUCGAAAAUUUCAACGCCAAGAACAACCUUAUCUUGACCGAUUUUAGAACUGUUGAGAGUAGCGCAAGUGCAGGCCAAUCCGAUGGAAUGCAGGAAAAUAUGGAUUUUCUCUCAGAUCAGAACGAUAAAGAUAUGCACCUGUUGAUAAACAAUCACCUGGAAGUGAGCAAAAUCGGUAGGCAAAUAGCCGAACAAGUUAUGGAUUCUCAGAAGAGAGGCGGGGAGUCUUCAUCGGAAAAUAGUCCUGAUCCUGACCCGCCUUUUACAUUACCCACAGUUGCAGUAGAGGCGCAUAAUCAAAGAGAAGACGACGAAAUUCCAAACAACUUACCGGAUUUCUCUACGAAUCAAAAAUUCUACGACAUGAGGAACAUAUCCUUAUCCAGCAUAGCUACUGAUCCAGUAUUAGGGGGAACCACAGACGAAGGCAUCAUCGAAAUGAUGGAAGAAGGAAACGUUAGUACUCAAAGAGCUAACGCGACAUCAUCUGUGGAUGGAAACGACGAGGCUGCAAUGGCGGUUAUUAUGAGUUUAUUGGAAGCUGAUGCUGGACUCGGAGGACCGGUGGAUUUUUCGGGAUUACCUUGGCCAUUGCCUUGACCGGGUUAAUAUGUAAUUUAAGUUUUCAGUAGCUUGUAAUUAGUCAUAUUUUUGUACCUAGUUUAUAAAUGUUCCGAAAACGAUGUUGUUUUGUGGAAGUACCUACUUAAAACGUGCAAAUAUACAGUGAGGACCAAAAGUCCGUCGCCCCCCUUAGCUUUUAAAUGGUAAGAGCUUUUGUCGCGAAAUUUGGGGUGUUUAUAUUGGAG